AUGAAGCUGUGUUUGAUUCUCGUCUGGGCAGCUUUUCUCUCCACAGAGGCUAAAACUCGGCACAGGGUCGUAGGACUAAUCCUGUGCUCUGAUACAGAGCGAGAGGUCAUGUAUGGAGAUAAUGAAGAAGAAAUGUACCACAUUGACUUCAGCAAGGGUAAAGGAGUGAUGACACUGCCGAGGUUUUCAGAGCCCAUUUCCUAUCCAAUAGCUUAUGAGUCAAGUAUGGGUAGAAUGGAAGUUUGCAAAAGCAGCUUGAAGAUUUGGACAAAAAAUUACAGCAAUCCUGAACCGCUGGAUGCUCCACAAAGCUCCAUCUACUCCAAGAAUGAAGUGGAGGUGGGCUUUGAAAACACCCUCAUCUGUUACAUCACUGGAUUCUACCCACCUCAUGUUAAAGUGUCGUGGACUAGGAACAACGUCAAUGUGACGGAUGAAGUCAGUCUCAGCAGAUAUUAUCCAACCAAUGAUGGAAGUUUCAAUGUGGUCUCCUUUCUGAAGUUCAUUCCAGAGAAGGGUGACAUCUACACCUGCACUGUGGAGCACACAGCGCUGGACAGACCACUGACCAGAACAUGGGAUGUGCAGGUCACUCUGCCCAGUGUGGGUCUGUCCGUGUACUGUGGAGUGGGUCUGACUGCAGGCAUGAUGGGAGUCGCUGUUGGAGUUUUCUUCUUCAUCAAAGGAAACAACUGCAAAUGA